CCUCCCCUAAGACAGCUUUUGUUUGGUACCUCGCAGCAGAGCAUACGUCUGAUUUCCGCCUGUGAGUCAGACGAGACUGUAUCCAGUGUUUUUGAGAGAUGCGUUCCUAAACAGCUUGGAUAUACACAUUGUAUUUGCAGAAACAGUUUAUUGUGUGUAUAUAUAUAUUCUGGAUAACAAUGGGGAAGGAAAAACGACGUCACUCGAGGGACUAUUGUUCCGUUUUUUAUUUGGCCGUACUGCUGAUUUGCGGGAAGCAGUCUGUGGCUGAAUUGAGGUACUCGAUCCCAGAAGAGACGAAAGAAGGGACAGCUGUUGGGAAUGUUGCAAAGGACCUCGGUUUGGACAAAAGCUCUUUGAUUGAUCGACGGUUCCGUGUUGUGUCGGGAUCUAAGGACGUAUUUUUCGAGUUAAAUCCCGACAAUGGAGUCUUACAGGUCCGGGAAAAAAUCGACAGAGAGGAGCUGUGUCAGGGAAGCGGUGCAUGCACGAUGGAGCUAAAAAUUCUGGUAGAAAACCCGUUAGAAAUACACUAUGUAGUUGUAGAAAUUACAGAUGUAAACGAUCAUUCUCCCAGUUUUUCUGAAAAGGAACAGAUGUUUCAGAUAUUUGAACAUACACCUCCGGGUACAAGAUUUGAACUGCACGCAGCCCGUGAUUUGGAUGCUGGAAUAAACUCCAUCCGCACAUAUACAAUAACGUCAAACGAUCACUUUGAUAUCGAUAUUAGUCCAAGUGAUGAGGACAAAAUGCCAUUUUUAGUGCUAAAGAAGUCCUUAGACAGAGAGAAAAAGAAUAAACAUCUGCUAUUUGUAACAGCAGUUGAUGGAGGUAAACCUCCAAGAUCAGGGACACUGAACGUUUCUAUUAUUGUUCUUGAUGUUAAUGAUAAUCGUCCGACGUUUAGCCAAGAUACUUAUCAAACAGAAAUAUUUGAAAAUGUCUCGGUAGAUACAACUGUGACAAGAGUGCACGCAAGAGACCCAGAUGAAGGGAUUAAUGGGGAAAUAGAGUACAGCUUCAGCAAAACAUUAGCACGGAAAGUAUACGAGAUAUUUGAAUUAGAUCGCCUAAGUGGACAAAUUAAAUUGAAAGGACAGCUGGAUUUUGAGGAAUCAGAAAUUUAUAAACUUGACGUGCAGGCCUCUGACAAAGGAAUGCCUCCAUUAAUAGGAAGGUGCAGAGUAAUCAUAAAGAUAAAAGAUGUUAAUGACAAUGCACCAGAAAUAGAAGUCACAUCCUUGUCAAAUACAGUGUCUGAAGAAUCAAAACCAGGAACAGUUAUUUCACUGAUCAGUGUAACAGAUAAAGACUCUGGUAUUAAUGGUAAAAUAAUUUCACGUAUAAGUGAGGACGUUCCAUUCGAACUAAAACCUUCCUAUAAGGAAAACACCUAUUCACUUGUCACAAAGGGGUUUCUGGAUCGAGAAGACGUGUCUCGCUAUGAAAUUACAAUAAAAGCUAGUGACUGCGGUGACCCUCCCUUAUCUACGUUUAAAACUCUCAGCAUUCAGAUAUCAGAUGUAAAUGACAACAGUCCACAGUUUUCCCAAAGCCCGUUAUACUUUUACCUGCUAGAAAAUAAUGUUGCAGGGGAGACAGUGUUCUCUGUCAGUGCAACAGAUAAAGAUGUGAAUGAAAAUGCAGCUAUUUCAUAUCAUCUUGUGAGAGAAGCGAGCCAAAAUGACAUAUUGUCCUUCCUAAAUGUAAAUCCAGAAAAUGGACACAUCACAGCACUAAAGAUUUUUGAUUUUGAAACGCUGAAAACUUUCCAAUUCCAAGUUGUUGCCACAGAUUCUGGAGCUCCGUCUCUCAGCACCAACGUCACAGUCAACGUGUUCAUUCUGGAUCAGAACGACAACGCUCCAGUCAUCCUGUAUCCACUCAGCUCCAACGGAUCUGCUGAAGGUGUGGAGGAGAUUCCCCGAAAUGUCAACGCAGGACACUUGGUCACCAAAGUCAGAGCCUAUGACGCUGAUAUAGGAUAUAACGGCUGGUUGCUAUUCUCACUGCAGGAACUCACUGACCACAGUCUCUUUGCUUUGGACCGAUAUACAGGACAAAUCAGAACACUUCGCUCAUUCACAGAGACAGACGAGGCUGAACACAAACUGGUCAUACUGGUCAAAGACAAUGGAAACGUUUCCCUCUCAGCAACAGCUACUGUCAUUGUCAAACUUGUGGAGCCCAAAGAGGCUUUUGCAGCAUCUGAUGUCAAAAGUGCAGCAAAAGUAGAUGAGGAUGAUAAUGUGACAUUUUAUCUGAUGAUAACUUUGGCAUCAGUUUCUGUACUUUUUCUCAUCAGCAUCAUCGUUCUGAUUGCAAUGCAGUGCUCCAAAUCCACAGACUAUACUUCCAAAUAUCUGCAAGAGACUAAUUAUGAUGGGACACUGUGUCACAGCAUCCAGUACAGAUCUGGAGACAAACGCUACAUGUUAGUUGGACCCAGAAUGAGUAUAGGAUCUACUAUAGUUCCUGGAAGUCAUGCAAAUACACUGGUGCUACCUGACAGGAGGAGGGCAUCUGAAGAGGUAAGAUCCACAAUUUAA